CUGACCCCAUUUAGGGAACAUGGUAAGACGUGUCAUUGCAGAUCAAAUAAGCAAAACCCCAACCAACCGGUAAGCCAGGUCAGAAGCUGUGGUGCCUUGCAACCUGAUGCUAGAAUGUCACAGUCAGAGCUGGAGUUGCAUCGUUCUAUGAUGCUUCGAGAAGAAAAGAGCCUCUUCGCCUCAGCCGGCGGCAGCCGGCCCACCGACGCAAUUAUGGCUGCACUUCUUCUCUCAGCUCAUAGCCCACCUAGAGGGAAGCCCAGGGUGGUUAGGAUGCUAUGUCCCAAGAAGGUGAAGUUCCAUGCAGGAAGGCUAGUCAGAAGGAGUGCCUCAGGAUCGCUCAGCCAAUUCGUAUUUUGCUUGGUCUCAACUUUUCGGCGUUAA